AUGAUCCAUUUAUUAUGGUUCGCCGUCCUCAGCACAACCAUUGUCCUCAGAAUAACACCAGCCCUCGCACAGGAGGAAACCCCACCUCCUGCUGCCGAAACACCACCACCACCUGUCAUCGAUACACCACCCCCUGCUGUCGACCCAAAUUCAGAACAGCCCCCACCGCCCGCGGAAGUGACCGGCGAACCGGUCCCCGAGGAUGGAGGUCAACAUGAUGUCACGGACGAGGGCGAGUACUACAACGUGAUUCCACACCUCCCCGAGGAUUGCGACGAUGUCAGGAUCUUCAGUGCCCGGGGGUCGGACGAGCCUUACCCAGGUCGUGGAGGUGCAAUGUUGGGGGUGAUGUGUUCGUUGUUCGAAUCGAACGGCGUCUCAUGCGACUAUGAGGACGUUGUCUACCCUGCAAACAUUUCGUACUCUGGGAUUUUCUGCCAAUCGGCAAACAUGGGCGCCUUCGCUGGCCAGUCUCAAAUGACUGAAUACGUUCAACGCUGUCCGGAUUCGAAGAUUGUCCUAGCCGGCUACUCUCAGGGGGGAGGUGUUGUCGGCGAUAUCUUGGGCGGUGGCGGCGGAUUUCUCUUUGGCUGUAAUCAGCCCUUCAACCCGCCGUUAUAUAGAAACACCACCCCUGGCUCAAGCGUUGCCGCCGCUGUAACAUUUGGCGCGCCUCGCUUUACCGCCAAUGAAUCGUACAACAUCGGACAUGGAUCGACCUACAACGGCGUGCUGGAACGCCGGGGGCAACAACUCUCCGACCUGAACCAGUACGAUGACAUAAUUGCCAUGUGGUGCAACGCGGGCGACCCUGUGUGUGCCGUGGGCAGCGAGCCCGUCAAUAUCACUGCCCACUGGAGUUACUAUGACGAGUACACUGAAGUCGCGUCCCGUUGGGUUGUGGCUACCGUCCUGGGUCACACUGAAGUUCGGCUUGAUUUGGAUCUUGACGGACAGGACGAGAGUGUUGUCUUGACAGGAUCCAAUUCAUCCGAUUCUUCGAAUGACAGCAAAAGUAGUGGUGGCGAUGAGGAUAGCGCACUGGGUUUGAGGAGCUCACUUUGUGGUGGCAUUGGCGUGUCAGCGCUCGUCACCUUAGUCACAUCGGGCCUGGUCUCUAUAUUCUAA